AUGAUUCCAAGAGUGAGAUUGGUUUGUGGGAGAGUUUUGCAACUUCACGGUCUUCGGAAGUUGUCUUCAGUGUCAAGAGUGUGGAGAGUCCCGACGCAAGUCGGUCAGGCUUUGUGUACGAGUGUGCGAUGGUACUCUCAACCACCGCAGAAAUCAUCUGCUGCUCUUCCGGCGGAGCUGAAGACUCGAAUUGAUGACAUGGUAACAAAAGGCAACAAGGUGGUUGUAUUCAUGAAAGGCGAUGCCAACCAGCCGAAGUGCGGGUUCUCAAAUGCUGUAAUCCAGGUAUUGCGCAUGCAUGGCGUCGAAAAGUUUGACACAUAUGACGUACUCUCCUCCGACGAAUUGAGGCAAGGUAUCAAGGAGUAUUCAGAAUGGCCCACGGUACCUCAAGUUUUCAUCGACGGCGAGUUCAUUGGAGGCUGUGAUAUCAUGCUGCAGAUGCAUCGGAGUGGUGACCUGAUCGAGGCAUUGAAGAAAGUCGGGAUAGAAUCGAAAAUAGAGCGGGAAUCGCCACCGGAGAAUUAG